GCGGCUUCUUCAGAGAACCCAGGCGUCCGGCCGGGCCCCUGCACUCGCCUCUCUGCAAGGCCAGGGCAGGCAGCGACCCGCUGGGGAGGGGCAGGGCCAUGAGGCGUCGGCCCGGGAGCUGGGACCCCCUCGCAUGGAAUGGCCCCUGGAAAGGGCUGCUGCUGGCAGCCUCCGUCCUGGGCUCCUGCUUCCAGCCGGCGCCGGGCCAGACCCAGACCCCAGUGACCAUCGUCCUCACCCCGCCGAGCCCUGUGGUGGGGGGGAACGUCAGCCUGGCCCCGCAGAAUCCGCCACAGGACUUCGUGCUCUGCAGCUGGUACCGAUCAGCGACCGCUGCUGAAACCAGCCGGAUCCUCACCUGCUUCCCACACACCCCCCUGGUUCAGCAGAACGGCCCGGCCCACACGGGGCUGGAGACAGCGGGGCCGGGCUGCGCCCUGCACAUCACGGGGUUAACGCUCAACGACACCGGGAACUACACGGUGCAGAUACAGAGCCCGACUAGCCCCGGUCUCGGCACGGUGGUUCUGCGCGUCUAUGAAAUGCUGCCCAGGCCCACGGUGACACCAAACCAAACCCUCGUGCUUGAGAACAAGACCUUCACCCUCAGGUGUAACAGCUCCCCCAGCGCUGACACCGUGCUCUGGCUCCGGGACGGGGCGUCCCUUGCGUCCAGUGACCGGCUGGUUCUGUCCUCUGACAACCGGACUCUCAAAGUGCUGAAUGUCACCCGGGGCGACGCCGGUGCCUACCAGUGCGAGGUUGGGAACCCCGUCAGCUCCAUACGCAGCGAGCCCGGCACCGUGACGGUGGCCUAUGGGCCGGAGUCCGCCAGGAUAGAGCCAUCAGAGCUCCUCCCCCAGCUCUUGGGGUCCCUUGUGCACCUGACGUGCGUCUCUGAGUCCGUCCCAGCCCCGCACUAUCGCUGGGUUCUCAAUAGCACUGAAUUAAAGGGGACGGGGAGCAGCUUGACCCUUAAUCUGACAAGCUUGGAUCAGCAGGGCAUGUACAUGUGCCAGGCACAGAACCCCAUCACCAGCCUGACCAAGAACAGCACCAGCCUGGUAAUCCAGGUGCAGGAAAUGCUGCCCAGGCCCACGGUGACACCGAACCAAACCCUAGUGCUGGAGAACGGGACCUUCACCCUCAGGUGUAACAGCUCCCCCAGCGCUGACACCGUGCUCUGGCUCCGGGACGGGGCGUCCCUCGUGCCCAGUGACCGGCUGGUGCUCUCCCCUGACAACCGGACCCUCACAGUGCUGGGUGUCACCCGGGAUGACGCCGGUGCCUACCAGUGCGAGGUCAGGAACCCCGUUAGCACCAAACGCAGCGAGCCCGGCACCGUGACACUGGCCUAUGGGCCAGAGUCUGUCAGGAUUGACCCGCCGGGACCCAUCACCCUGACCCUCGGGUCCCCACUGACCCUGACGUGCGUCGCCGACUCCAUCCCAGCCCCGAGCUAUCGCUGGGGUCUCAAUGGCACCGACACUAACCAGACCGGAAGCAGCUUGACCUUUAACCCCAUGACCUUAGAUCACCAGGGCACGUACGAGUGCCGUGCUCACAACCCGAUUACCAACCGCACUGUCUCUGUGUGUGUCACUGCGCGGUUUGUGGAGCCAACUUCACCUCUAGGCCUGUCGCCUGGAGCCAUCGCCGGGAUUGUCAUCGGGUCGCUGGCUGGGGCGGUGCUGCUUGGGGGCCUGCUCUACUUCCUGCUCCGCAAAACUGAAGGGGGGCCCAAGCAGCACUCGCCCGUGGGAGGCCAGGCCGCGCCCACCCACAACCAGGGCGAUAGUGACAACAAACCUACCAUGGGUGAGGAAGACGUUCAGUAUUCUACACUCGCCUUCACCGCAGGAGACCAGAAGCCACCACCCGGGCCCCAGCCCCCCCCAGAGAGCGGCACCGUGUACUCGGAAAUCAGAAAAAAAUGACUGUGAUUUGCUUGGGACCUCGGGAAUCACUGCACACCCCCCCACACCACCCAGGGGAGCUUCUGCAGCUCCCUCCCCCCGCAUGAAGCACUCAGUGGGGGGCAGCUCCGGUCCCACCUACCCCUGCUCGCUGGGCACAAUGAGGGUGAUAGUCUCCCCAGGUGAGACCGUCAGGACUCCUGAGGGGCUCUGGGAGGGGAGAGAGGUCUAGUGGUCAGAGCAGGGAGCUGGGAGCCAGGACUCCUGGGUUCACAUUUGCUUUGCACAGGGGUCAGGGCUGGGGGUGUGUGCUGUGCAGUGGGGGAUGAUCUGUGUGUGGGACUGGCGGAUAACGAUGACACCCCAACCCCAGGCUGCACUGUCAGUGCUGGCUGGGCGUGGGGCAUGGAUCUGGGCAGCCUCGGUCCAGGGGUGAGAUGGCGCCAUCACCCCAUAGCAUCUCAGCCCAGAGCCCUGUGCCCCCCAGCUCCACCCCCCCAGCUCUCCGCAUCCUCCUCCCCGGGCUUCCCGCUGUCAGACAGCCUCCAAGGUGCAGGGCAGUUGUGCUGCUAGGGGGGUGAUGAUUGUGUGGGGUGCGGGGUGUUGCUUACAGUGGAUGGGACUGGCUG